AUGAACUCAAAUGAAGAGAAAGCAAAUAACAACGAACGGAAAGAUGAAGAAGAAGCGGAAGAGCAUGAACAAGAGGCCAUUCAUUCGAAUUUCUCUGGUUACGUAGAGGAAAAAAAGGGCGAGGAGAAUGAUGGUGAGGAUGAUGGUCAAUCUUCGGAACAAAGCCCAUAUGAACAAGCUCCUCAACCGGAACAAACCACACAUGAUCAAGCUAUUCCUUUAUAA